GUUUGCUGAAAGCAAUCCACUUUAACACAAGCUCAAUUCAACUUAUCAGAAUAAAGUUAACAUCCAAGGACAUAGGAGCAAACAGAGAGUACCACACAAUCAUGCCAGAAUUACUAAUGCCUGCCUUGGUGGCUUUGAUCAUCAUCUAUAUAGUGAUAAAAUUCAUGACAAAGAAAUCUAUUCCAAAAGGGCCGCCACAAAAAUGGCCAUUUAUUGGGAAUGCAUUUGAAAUAGAUUCUCAAAAUCCACAAGAAACCUUCAUAAAUUGGUCGAAAAAAUAUGGCGAUGUAUUUUCGGUCAAAGUUUUUGGAGAAGAUAUUGUUAUAGUAAAUGGGUUUGAUGCUGUGUAUGAAGCACUUGUGACAAAAAGUACAGAAUUUGCAGGCAGACCCAAGCAGUUCAGAGUAAAGCUUAUGCUAGAUGGAGAAUACACCGGAUCUUGCUGGGAUAACUGGAGCAACCCUAAAAUGAGACUUCUGAAGAAAGCUGCAAUGAGGUCAAUGAAACAAUUUGGUGAAGGGUUGGACAGGCUAGAGACAAUUUCUUUAGGUGUUAUUGAGGAACUCAUUGGUGUAUUGGACAGCAAAGAAGAACAGCCAUUUUACCCUGAGCACAUUAUUAACAAGGCUACCACAUGCAUUAUUUUGCUUUAUUUGUUUGGUGAGGAGUAUCAUAUGGAUCACCCGCAUUUGGCUGUGUUGCACAAAAUGCUGCGAUAUUGGGAGGAUUCUAUGGGAAACGCCUCUGGACUUCUUUUGGACAUCUUUCCAUGGUUAAGGUUCUUCGGAAAUAAGGCAUACAGAGAAAUUUCUAAGGCAGCAGAGAUUAGAGACUCUAUAUUUCUACCACUGAUUAAGAAGCGAAAGGAAACCAUAGAUAAAGCAAACCCUGACUGUGUUUGUGAUGCCCUGCUUUUACUACAAGAAGAACAGCGUAAGGUGGGGAAGGUGAUAACCGAACUAGAUAUCAAGAUCACACUACAAGACAGUUUUAUGGGAGGGGUUGACACGACAACUAGCGCUGUAACAGGUAUGCUACUCAUACUCAUGAAUUACCCAGAAGUCCAAACAAAACUACAGCGUGAAAUAGAUGGCGUUAUUGGAACUGAAAGACCUCCAUCUUUGGCUGAUAAAUCUAAGAUGGCAUAUACGGAAGCAUUUAUACUAGAGAUGUUACGUUACAUGAGUUUGGCUGCUUUAGGUUUGCCAAGGGCAACAGAGACUGAUACAACACUACGAGGACAUCCUUUGCCGAAAGGAAUAAUGGUGGUUUUGAAUCUAUGGUCUGUACACCAUGAUCCAGGCCAAUGGGAUGACUCAUUUACUUUGAAACCUGAGAGGUUCCUUAAUGAGGAUGGAACACCAGUAUCUCCUGAUCAUCCCAACAAGAGAAAUUUUUUCCCAUUUGGAGCAGGACAUAGGAUUUGUAUUGCGCAAGUGUUGGCAAAGAGCAGAUUAUUCUUAUUUGUGACUUCGCUUCUACAGAAGUUCACUUUUCUCCCACCAGAGGGGACUACACCACCAUCAUGUGAUCCAAGGCUGUUCAAACGAGCGCUCAUUCUUGUGCCCCAGCCCUUUCAAGUGAGGGCCAUCAGAUGGCAACAACCAGAUGAUAAAAUAUAACUAACAGAUGAUAAAAUAUAACUAAAAGAUGAUUAGAUUCAUAAAAGACUUAUAACUGCAAUGAAGCUUGCAAGUUUCACAUAUAGCUUGAAUAUAUAACUCUAAUAUUCUAAAUACAUGUAUGUUAUCAUUUAAGCAUGCGAAAUAACUUGUGCCUACUUUCAGAUGAUCACAUCACUGAAACUGUAUACAUUUAUUUGUAAACUCACCUCAUCUAAAUAAUUUACACCAUCUUCUGGAUUUUUGUCGAUGUCAGCAGCAUCAUUAUUGUCACUGUUUGCCCCAUCACUGUCUUGUUGCGAUACAAAGUCAUCAUCAGUCAUAGACAUACCCAUACGGAUCUUCUUAACGCAUGUCUGAAAAUAGCAAAUUAAUAGAUUAAUUUGGUAACUUUUUAUAAUCAAAAUUGAACUAUCAUUGUAAGAAACUGGUUUAGACUUAUGAAAAUGUGUAUUGGGGCCUGGGGGUAGAGAAUAUUUGACCAGAUUUUUUGCUCCCAAAGUUGGGGAAAUUGACUAAAUUUGGCUCCAAGGCCAUUUUUUGUCCAAUUGGAGGGGGAGGCUCUCUUGGUCUCUUGAACGGUACAUUCCAUCUACAUUCAAUAUCACAGUUGUUUCAACACCGAAUUGGCUUACCUAUGACACUAAUCAGGGGUAUUUUCUUUUUAUAGUUUAUCAACACAUGGAUGCAUGUGUUUCUACUUUUUCAAAAUCUUUAAGGUUAAAAAUUUUGGCAAGUGCAGUUUGGCAAGCACAGUUAUUCAUAUAAGAUGUAUUGUCUGCUUUAUUAUGACACCUGUGUACCUGUGUUUCUCUCUUAGCACCCAGUCGCUCAGCGCGCUCUAUGACCUCAUCAAAUGUCAUCUUGGGGAAAAGCCGAUGACCCCAAUGCUCCAUUGUCCUCAUCAGCCGCUGCAGAUCAGUUGCCUAGAUUAAAAUAAUAUUGCAUACUUUAUGUAAUACCCGAAAAGCAUGUACGAGCCAAACUACUCUAUGAGCACAACCAAAUGAUUGCAGUAUUGUAAAGCUUGUCUUAGUGAACACCUUUCUCUAGUGAACACCUGUCCCUAAUAGACACCCAAAUACUCAACUAACUAAUAACUAAUACUCCUCACCAAAUACUCAGCUGACUUCUGUAUAAAGUACCCUCUUUGUAAUGAACACCAAUCUAUAGUGAACCUAUUUUUGCAGGUAUUAAAUGUACACAUUGGUUUCAAUGUACACAGUUCAAAUGCUGAUAAAAUCUGAAUAAUCUAGCUUUUAUAAUAUUCAAUGGCAAUUUAAUGUGAUUGUUUUCCCAGAGGCCUAAAAAUAACUGACAAAAAGUGAAUAUAUUUUUAUAUUAAAAUGACCAGGA